AUGCAGUCCACCACGGUUCUUGUCAACUUCCACAGCAGCUGCCCCAAGUGUGGCGCUACCAUCGACGGCGACAACAAGUCCUGCGGGUCUUGCGGAAGCUCUUGCCCUGUAUAG